AUGUACCCGUUGCAUAGAGAAAGGGAGCAGCCCAUUUUCAGUGCCAGAGCUCAUGUGUUCCAGAUUGAUCCAGCCACCAAACGGAACUGGAUCCCAGCCAGCAAGCAUGCUGUUACCGUCUCCUUCUUUUACGAUGCCAACAGGAAUGCCUAUCGCAUCAUCAGUGUGGGCGGGACCAAGGCCAUUAUUAACAGUACCAUCACACCCAACAUGACUUUCACAAAGACGUCACAGAAGUUUGGCCAGUGGGCAGACAGCAGGGCUAACACCGUGUAUGGCCUGGGCUUCGCUACCGAGCAGCAGCUUCACCAGUUUUCAGAACGCUUUAAGGAGAUAAAGGAGGCUGCUCGCCUAGCAAGAGAAAAAUCCCAAGACAAGAUGGAAUUGGCCAAUGCAGCUCUGAAUAUCGCAGCACCACAGUUCUCUCAGGAUCUAUCUGAUGAUCUGCAGUCACCUCCUGUGAUGUGUGUUAACGGCCCUGAAGACAAACUGUUCCGCAGCCAGAGCGCAGACAUCACGCUGUCCUCUGAGAAGGAGCGCAUCAAAAAGAUGCUUUCAGAGGGAUCUAUCUGUGAGAUGAACCUGGAGGCGGAGCUUUUCACACUGCAGGACAGUAACGCUAAGCUGGUGGCGGCACUACAAGAGGCUAACACUAACGUGGAGCAGUGGAAGAAGCAGUUAGCGGCUUAUCAGGAAGAGACAGAGAGGCUACGAGAUCAGGUGGCAGAGCUGGAGGCCCAUGGAAGUCAUGGGCCCAGUGACAUGCUGAAGGAUGAGCUGACGCAGUCUCUGGAGGAGCUGGAGGCCUUGCUGAAGGCCAAAGACGAGGAAAUUCGCAUUCUGCAGACCAAGAAAUCAGAUUUUCACGAAAUGGAGCAAGAGAGAGAAGAGGCUAUACACAGAUUACGGGAGCUGGAAAUGCGUAACGCUGAGCUGGAGAGGAGAGUGCAGAGUACGGAGCAGACCCUGGCCUCCACGCUGGAGGAACGGGACCGUGCCGAGGGCGAGGUGCAGAGGGUCAUCCAGAUUUUGGACGUCAAGAUCUUUGAUUUAAACGACCUACGACAAAGCUUGGUCAAGCUCAUCAAUAAGUAG